AUGACAGGCAACACAAAUUCCGAAUUCACUGCCACAGCCACCGAUGGCGUUUCAAAGCUCUGCAGUGACUGCUUCCAGCCGAUAAAAGAGGGCACUCGCUACAAUGCAGACACCAACACUUACCAACCGGCCUCAAAUGGCAACCGCUAUGGCGCGUACGAGCGUUCGGACAUCAUUGGAGCCACAAUCACGACAGAUAACCCUUUUGGGUCUGGAAAUUCAAACCGCAAUGACAACACCGGGGUCAGCUUGGGAGGCGCGGCGGGCGCCGGCGCAGAUAUCGUUAAUUGGGUGGCGGAUGCCCAUGCACCAGUGUGA